CGAGUAGGAGGUGGCAGGUUUGAAAAGAGACAACGGUCGGUGUUUGCUGAUUUUUGAGUUCGCCUGUAGCUGCUCCGCGGACUCGCAGCCUUCCUGUGGGCGGCUGGUGCGGUAGGAUGUUUAGCAACAUGCUGGGCCUGCCACCCACCAGAUUCCAGUAGCGUCCUCACUCUAGUCCUGACAACCAAAAGUGUCUCCAAAGUUGUGAGAACUACUGCUCUAGGAGAACACAGACUAACAGGAGGCUCCCAAGAUGGAAACUUUGUCUUUCCCCAGAUAUAAUGUAGCUGAAAUUGUGGUUCAUAUUCGAAACAAAAUCUUAACAGGAGCUGAUGGUAAAAACCUCUCCAAGAAUGAUCUUUCUCCAAAUCCCAAGCCUGAAGUCUUGCAUAUGAUCUACAUGAGAGCUUUACAGAUAGUAUAUGGAAUUCGACUGGAGCAUUUUUACAUGAUGCCAGUGAACUCUGAAGUCAUGUAUCCACAUAUAAUGGAAGGCUUCUUACCAGUCAGCAAUCUGUUUAUUCAUUUGGACUCAUUUCUGCCCAUCUGUCGGGUGAAUGACUUCGAGAUUGCUGAUAUUCUAUAUCCAAAGGCAAAACGGACAAGUCGGUUUUUAAGUGGCAUUAUCAACUUUAUUCACUUCAGAGAAGCAUGCCGUGAGACAUACAUGGAGUUUCUUUGGCAAUAUAAAUCUUCUGUGGACAAAAUGCAGCAGUUAAAUACUGCACACCAGGAGGCAAUAAUGAAAUUGGAGAGACUUGAUUCUGUUCCAGUUGAAGAGCAAGCAGAGUUCAAGCAGCUUUCAGAUGAUAUUCAGGAGCUGCAGCAAUCGCUGAAUCAAGAGUUUCGUCAAAAAACGAUAGUGCUGCAAGAGGGAAAUUCACAGAAGAAGUCAGAUAUUUCAGAGAAAACCAAGCGUUUGAAUGAACUAAAAUUGUCAGUGGUUUCUUUGAAAGAAGUACAAGAGAGUUUGAAAACAAAAAUUGUGGAUUCUCCAGAGAAGCUUAAGAAUUAUAAAGAAAAAAUGAAAGAUACAGUCCAGAAGCUUAAGAAUUCCAGACAAGAAGUGAUGGAAAAGUAUGAAAUCUAUCGAGACUCUGUUGACUGCCUGCCUUCAUGUCAGCUGGAGGUGCAGCUAUAUCAAAAGAAAAUACAGGACCUUGCAGAUAAUAGGGAAAAAUUAACCACUUUCUUAAAGGAGAGCCUGAACUUGGAGGACAAAAUUGAGAGUGAUGAGUCAGAACUGAAGAAAUUGAAGGCUGAAGAAAAUUCCUUUAAAAGACUGAUGAUUGUGAAGAAGGAAAAACUUGCCACAGCACAGUUCAGAAUAAAUAAGAAGCAUGAGGAUGUCAAGCAGUACAAACGCACCGUGAUUGAAGAUUGCAAUAAAGUUCAAGAAAAAAGAGGUGCUGUCUAUGAGCGAGUAACCACAAUUAAUCAAGAAAUCCAAAAAAUUAAAUUUGGAAUUCAACAACUAAAAGAUGCUGCUGAAAGGGAGAAACUGAAGUCUCAGGAAAUAUUUCUCAGCUUGAAAGCUGCUUUGGAGAAAUACCAUGAAGGCAUUGAAAAGGCAACAGAGGACUGUCAUACUAAAAUAGAUGAGAAAACAGCUGAACUGAAGAAAAAGAUGUUCAGAAUGUCAACCUGAUUAACAAAAUUACACAUCUUUUUGUAAAUAGCUUGCCAAUUUUUAGUUUUAUAUUCGGAAAGGGAAUAGUUAAGUUGAAGUUAAUGGAAGUAUCAAAAGUACCAAAUAAUGUUGGCUCAGUUAUUUUUUAUAUACUCUCAUAGGUUAUUAUUUUGUAAGAUAAUGCAUUUAAUGUAGACUUUUGUGAACUUAAAAUUAAAAUGGCUUGUGCAGCCAUUCAUGUCUCUACUCUGCUCCUUGUUGUAAGUGGUGGUUGGAGUAAAACAGAAAUAAUUGCAUUUGAAAUAUAUAAUUUUUCUCUGUUAUUAUCAUGGCUGUUGCUGCUUUGUUUGUCGACAUA